AUGGUGGGGUGCCCAAGCCUGAUGCAGAGAAGUAAUAAAUACGGAAGGUGUCAAUUGUGUGGAGCUGAUCACAUCCAUGGUCUGAGCCUGAACUGGAGAUGCUUGUCUUUAACAGAAGAACACAGAAACAAAAGCAAAGGAGAUGGUGGGGCUGGAACCAUCAAGCUGACCACUUUUGGAGAAGGUAGCCAGUUCACGAGCGUGAAGCACAGAGUCGACAAGCUUGACACACAAAGUUUCACUUGCAAGUACAGCACAGUGGAAGGUGACGCUUUGAUGGGCGUGAUUGAAUCAAUCUCUUAUGUGAUCAAGAUUGAGGAAUCUCCAGAGGGAGGAUCCGUUUGCCAGAUUACAGAAGAGCAAAUAAAGAGUGGCAAAGAGAAGGCAUUGGCAAUGUUCAAAGCAAUGUUCAAAGCAGUUGAAGCUUACCUGCUAGCUAAUCCUGAUGCUUACGACUAUUUGCUAUCAUCUCAUUGUUUUAUUACUCUACAUUGUAAUCCAGUGUGCAAUACAGGGUAUAUAUAUAACUUCACCUGUACACUAGUUUCUUGCUCCUGA